AUGGGUAGUCGCCUAGAUAAGAAUUCGGAAUCUAUUCGAAAGCGCAUUGAGUCGCAUACUUUCCAAAAUGAAGGUGGUGAAGAAUAUGAAGGGUCAAAAUUCGGAGGUUUCUCUGAUUACUUUCGGCGCAAGAGAAUCAAAUUGCAAAAUCUAGAUGCAGAAGUUCGUUCUACAUCAACAGGGAAUCCCAAUAUCUUUCGCGGCGUCGUAGCACAUGUAAAUGGGUAUACACAACCCUCAUUGAAUGAUCUUCAUCAUCUAAUAGUAACUCAUGGAGGUGGUUUCAUGCAAUACCUGGAUGGGAAAACCACCGUUACCCAUAUCAUCGCAUCAACUCUCACGCCCAGGAAAGCGAUCGAGUUUAAACGAUAUAGAAUCGUGAAACCUGCUUGGGUAGUCGAUAGUGUGAAGGCUGGAAAAUGUCUUCCUUGGGAUUCUUAUCGCGUUUUGGAUGAGGGCGUUGGUCAACGAUUACUGGGGUUUAGUGAUGGUAAGGUUGUCAGUCAUUCAAAUACACCACAAAGAGGAUAUCGCGAUCAAACAAAUGCGAGUUGGUAUACAAGUCAGGUCAAAACCGUCGCCGGAAACAUUGACGAUGAUGAUGGGCCUCAAUUUCCGAGCUCACAGGUGCAAAGGAUUAUGCCACAUAAAACUGGUGCGUUUGCGCCGUCGCCUACCGACCAACUAGUAGAAAGCCUCGAGGAAGUUGACCAGAUACCGGUUGACGACCCUAUAAGCUCAACUGGAAGCUUUGAAGUUACAUCUUCCUUGGAAGAAGCAUUGAAGCACGCCGCCGACAUUCCUACCCCUACUAGUAGAGAAGCCUUGAAGUCUACUAGGACAGCAAAAGACAGUUUUCUCAUGAAUAAUUCUCCUUCACCCUCCCCUGCUCUUCAAACCUCGUCAAGUCCAGCUCAAGUCACCCCUAAGAGACCAGAAUUUCUGCUUGGCAACACAAAGAUAUUGCACGACGUUGAAGCGUCAAGAUAUGCCGAAGAAGUACCUGUUGAACGGCGAUUAUUUUCCAAUGCCAAGAAACGACCACACAAUGAGGAAACAUAUAAUUCUCCUAAAAAGGCGCAGGUUGAGACGGCAGAGGAACACAACGCAAUGUUGUUAGCAGACCCUCACACGCGAAAAUCUUCGACCGCGAAUCCAGACUUUAUCAAGCAAUACUAUUCCGAGUCUCGACUACAUCACUUGUCCGCAUGGAAGGCAGAUCUCAAAUCAAAAUUUCAGCAGAUGGCAUCGGAAAAGUCCGCUUCUCAAAAACAAUCAAUGAAAUGGAAGCCUGGCUCGCGACGAUACAUCAUGCAUGUAGACUUUGAUAGUUUCUUUUGUGCAGUAUCUCUCAAAAGUGCACCAGAAUAUUUCGAUAAACCUGCAGUUGUUGCUCACGGUAAUGGAACGGGUUCGGAGAUCGCCAGUUGUAACUAUCCGGCACGUGUAUUUGGCGUCAAAAACGGGAUGUGGAUGAAGAAUGCCAUAAAACUAUGUCCCGACAUAAAAGUUUUGCCGUAUGACUUUCCAGCCUACGAAGAAGCCAGCAAGGCAUUUUAUGAAGCUAUUCUGGAUGUUGGCGGCAUCUUCCAGAGUGUUAGUGUCGACGAAGCGUUCGUUGAUAUUACUUCUUUGUGCUUGGCCGCUGGUGGUACUGAUGGAGUUGGAAUUCGGGAGGGUAGCAUUUGGAGAGAGCAAGAAAGGGCUGAGGAGAUUGGAAAUGCACUCCGAAAAGUUAUCAGGGAAAAGACGGGUUGUAAUGUAUCUGUUGGAAUUGGAGGAAACAUUUUACUUGCAAAGGUUGCCCUCCGAAAAGCUAAACCAGCUGGUCAAUAUCAGAUUAAGCCGGAAGAGGUUUUGGAUUUUGUGGGCGAACUCGAUGUACAAAAUCUUCCCGGUGUCGCCUAUAGUAUUGGUGGAAAGCUUGAAGAAAUUGGGGUGAAAUUUGUGAAAGACGUCCGACAAUUAUCAAAGGAUCGUCUGAUGACUGUCUUGGGCCCCAAAACUGGAGAAAAGAUAUGGGACUAUUCUCGGGGCAUUGAUAGAGCGGAAGUCGGAGAGCAAGUUGUGAGGAAAUCUGUUUCCGCUGAGGUAAAUUGGGGUAUCCGAUUUAUCUCACAGGUUGAAGCUGAAGAAUUUGUUCAAAAUCUCUGCAUUGAAUUACAGCGUCGAUUAAUCGACCAAAGGGUAAAGGGGAGACAAAUGACCAUGAAAAUUAUGAGGAAAGCUGCCGAUGCACCUCUUGAUCCACCCAAAUUCCUUGGUCAUGGUAAUUGUGAUACUUUUAACAAGAGCAUCGUCCUCGGUGUGGCUACCAAUGAUGCUACGAUCAUUGGUCGGGAAGCAGUUUCAAUUCUUCGCAGUUAUGGUUUUUCUCCUGGGGAACUACGCGGACUUGGUGUCCAAAUGACUAAACUUGAGCCUGUGAAGUCAUCGAAUGGUACACCGUUUGAUGGUAGUCAAAGGAAAAUUAAUUUUGGUGCUCCUGUGGUGUCAAAGCCAGUAAAACAAGUGGUUGAGGAUCCCAUCGUUGAUGAUCCGGAGACUCCAACGAAACGGAGAACAACUCCUCGUGCACAACCAACGAAUCCCCUUUCAGAAGGUAUUCACGAUCCUGUAACACCAACGAAACCAAAAUCAAUCAUGAAAUCAAUACACACCGAAGAUCCUAUAGAUGAGAGCAGUCCUUUGAAAGCCAAACCAACUCCAGCUCACCCUGCAACCUUCAUUGCAAGAACAAAUGCUGGUGAUCAGAGUGCCAGAAAGCUUAAUCUCACUGGAACUCAAUUCAUUAUACCAAGCCAAAUCGACCCGGAAGUCUUGAAAGAGCUUCCUCAAAAUAUCAGAUCCAAACUCAUGGCUCAAAGUAAAAGUGUACCGGUAUCAAGGGAGCAAACACCCGUCACAGCCAUGCCGGAGUCUUUAUCUAAAAGCCCGUCUAGGCUCAAAACCUCGCAUAUGCCGUCACAACUCGAUCCCGAAGUAUUUGAUGCACUGCCCGAAGAAAUGAAAGCAGAAAUUUUAGCAAGCUAUAAGCCACAAAUAGCAAACUCUAUUCCAGGUGCUCAAAGUAUUCUUCCUCAGUCACCUCGGAGAAACAGAACUAUCACUGGUAAGAAACCACCAACUCCUGUCAAGAAACGAGGAAGAGGUAGACCUCCGGGACCAAGGAUAAAAUCCGAACCACCACAUGGUCCGCUCCAAUCAAAGUUUGUUGCGAACCCUCGCGCACGAGAAGUAUCAGUUGAUGCUACCGAUGAUACGGAAGUCUUAGAUCCAGAAUUUCUUGCUGCAUUACCAGAAGACAUGCGCGAAGAAAUAAUGGCUGAACAUCGGCGAAAACGCUUACAAAAACGCGGUAAUCUAAUGACAUCCACCGUCAAAAAAGUCAAGAAACCAGAUCCACCACCGCUUGGACCACGGAAAAUCCGUUUACCCCCCAGACCUAUAAAACCUACUUUCACCACGCAAGAACUAAGCACGCUAGAAGAGUUACGAGAAACGCUCACGAUUUGGUUUCGCGAGUUCGAGAGUGAAGGUCCGCAUCCGGAUGAUGUGGCUGCUAUGGAGAGAUAUUUGAGGAGAGUUAUCUUGGAUGAGAGGGACUUGGCAAAGGUGGUCGGAGUGGUGAAGUGGUUGGAAUGGUUGAAAGAUGAUAGUGAGAUUGUGGGGAAAGGAAAAGAACUUUGGGAGAAUGCGUUUGAGGAUGUAAAAAGUAAGGUUCAGGAAGCUGUUAAGGAGAGGGGCUUGGGUAUCCUAGAUAUUUAG